GCAAUGCUAACAGCUAGCCGUUAGCUCCCGGUUGCCUGACAACGGAGCGGAAGCCAAACAACGCUAACUAGCUAGCUAGCAGGCUAAAAAAUGGCGGACGAAGGGAGAAGAGGAGAAGAAGACGAGCGCGGCCCCGGAGCUUCCCACCGCGCGUUCGUGGUGAUGGAGGUUCUGCUGGAGAAGCUGAAGGUUCUGCAGUACGAGGAGGAGGUUCUGCAGAAGCACAACAUGAAGAACCUGUGCAGACAUUACUUCGUCUCCAGUCCGUAUCUGGCGUCCAACCCGGGCGAGCAGUUCUACCUGUUCACCAUCAUCGCGGCGUGGCUCAUCAACGAGGCGGGGAGGCCGUUCACCGAGCCUCAGGAGUACGACGAACCCAACGCCACCCUUUCCAACAUCCUCGCGGAGCUCAGGGCUUUCGGUGUUAAGGUGGACUUCCCGCCCUCCAAACUGAAAUCCGGUUCAGGCGAACACGUCUGCUUGGUGCUGGACCAACUGGCCGAAGAGGCUCUGAGGAGGAAGGGCUUCUCCUUCAGAAGACCAAACUACCCAACAGAAACCACAGAAGAAGAGUCUGUGAUCGAGGACGACGCAGAGCUCACGCUCAGCAAAGUGGAGGAGGAGAUGAUCGAGGAGCCUGACGACGAGGAGGAGAACGUGAUGGACUUGGAGGCUCUGAAGCUACGAACCACUCACACCGAAGCAGAGCCGUCCUCCAAACCGGACGAGAUUCUGGAGUCCACGGUCGACGCGGCGGAGUGGAACCUGGAGGUGGAGAGAGUCCUGCCUCAACUCAAAGUCACCAUCAGGACCGACAACAAGGACUGGAGGAUCCACGUGGACCAGAUGCAUCAACACAGAGACGGGAUCAAGUCCUCGCUCAAAGAGGCCAAGAGCUACCUGGACAAACUGCAGGAGGACAUCGGUAAGACUCUGGAGAAGGUGAGCAGCAGAGAGAAGUACAUCAACAACCAGCUGGAGAAUCUGAUCCAGGAGUACCGCGGUGCUCAGGCCAAGCUCAGCGAGGCAAAGGAGCGCUACCAGCAGGCCAGUGGAGGGGUAACCGAGAGGACCAGAGUCCUGGCAGAGAUCAGCGAGGAGCUGGAGAAGGUGAAGCAGGAGAUGGAGGAGAAAGGCAGCAGCAUGUCUGAUGGAGCUCCCGUGGUGAAGAUCAAGCAGAGUCUGACCAAGUUGAAGCAGGAGAUCCUUCAGAUGGACGUGAGGAUCGGCGUCGUGGAGCACACGCUGCUGCAGGCCAAACUCAAGGAGAAGUCCAACAUGACGCGGGACAUGCACGCCACCAACAUCCCCGAGGCCGCCGCCGGACCCUUCUCCUAGCUCCACCUCCACGCCGGGCCCUUCUCCUAGCUCCACCUCCACGUCGGACCCUUCUCCUAGCUCCACCUCCACGCCGGGCCCUUCUCCUAGCUCCACCUCCACGCCGGACCCUUCUCCUAGCUCCACCUCCACGCCGGGCCCUUCUCCUAGCUCCACCUCCACGCCGGACCCUUCUCCUAGCUCCAUCUCCACGCCGGGCCCUUCUCCUAGCUCCACCUCCACGCCGGGCCCUUCUCCUAGCUCCACCUCCACGCCGGACCCUUAGUCCUGAAUGUCAGUCAUUUAUUCAGCAGCUUCUUUUUUUGUUUUAUUAUUAUUGUAUAUAAAGAUGAAAAAAAUGUAAAUGCAGAUGAUAAUUUCUGCCUUCAGAAGUUGUUAAAGUCAAAUUUGUUAUUCAAAGAUGUGUUUGUUUUGAUCAACAUGUCCACUAGAUGUUGCCAGAAGACACGUUAUUUUUUCCUGAACUUGAUGAAGUCUCAUUUUACGUUAUUAUUUUUAUAUUAAACAUGUAUCAUAUGUAUAUAAGAAUGAAAUAAGAUAAAACGUGUUAAAUGUUCUAAACCGACAAAACUCAGAGGACCAAAACAUUAAAGGACCACAGGGAUGGAGACUCAGUGGGUGAUUCGUUUUUUACAAGAAGUGACGUCAUGACAUGACUCAACAACAAAUGGAAAAUGUUCCGUCUAUAUCAGCUCCAGUCAUAAAAUCAUUGAAAAUAAAUAUUUGAUUCUUUACAUUGGGUUUCAAUUGUUUCCUUGUUGUUUCAUCAGAAUUCCAGAAGUCUAAACGUUUUAACGUCAAGCCUCCAAUCUCACAUUCCCAAAUACUAUUUUCAAACUAAGAGUUGAAACUCAACGAUCUUUCUCCUGUGCCCUGAAUGCAGCAUCAGUGUUACAGUUAUCUUCUACUCACUUUAGUUUCUUCUACCAGCUGCUGAAGUUCACUUUAAAUGUGCAGCUGUAGCUCAGUCUGUUUUAUUUCAUUCUUUAAACUCUCUCUAAACGAUACUGUGUGAUAUUCUUUUCUACACAUCCACAAACGGUUGUUUUUGUCGUGUUCAGCUCCUAUAAAUGCGCCUCCAUGUGUCUUAUAUCUGCUGAAUCAAACCUUUUUUCCUAUAAGAAAAAUAUAUUCUGCCGACAUAUCUGAGUUUUAUA